CCUCUCAUUGCCGGGUCCGCUCCACUUGCACCGCGUGUAUGCGCCGAAUCUAUAGCGACUCCAUCCCCGACGACGGCCACGCCGCCCCGAGCCAUGGAGCACUUUGACACGACCACCAUGUCGUACAUGCCCAUGCCGAUCCCGUUGCAGACAGUCACGGGACCUGACCAGCAGAUGGCCAUGCCCUUGGUGCCCGUGGACCAGUACGACCAGCGCUCGACGUUUGAUGCCGAGACCUUCAUUGGAAGCGAAGAUGCCUACUCGACAUACCACCUCCAACAGAUGCCACCCCAACUCAAGCGCUAUCCAAGCACCUACGAAGACCCCUUCUCCGACGUCCAGAGCGGCUACGAGCAGUCGAUACACCCGCACGACCAAAAUGGCAUUCCUGAAAGUCCAAGCAUCGACAGCAACAACAAGCUGCUCAGUUUCUCGCUGCCCACCAUGCCAUACCCCAUCUUCAACUACGCCAUGCAACGAGUGCCCAUAUCCAUGUCUGCUCAGCUUCACGGCAUGUUCUUCCUGGCUGAAUCACCCUGGGCCACUGCUGCCGAUGGUCAAUCGCCGCCCUCCGAGUUGACAUGCUACAGAAGAAACCUCUUCCAAAUUACCGGCACAGUCACGCUCCCCAGAGCUCUCCACCUUCUCAUGACCGAGCAAGGAAAUCAAAUACCCAUCAUCGGCCAAGAACUCACCAUAUCCGCCACAGAAUCCCUAGAAGGCAACGCGGUAAAAAUCAUAUCUGUGCCGUGGAAGACACCGGCGACAAGUAACGCUCCUGCCGAGGACAAGACGGAGAAGGAACCACCCACGUAUCCGCUCGACCUCUCAACCGGCCAAGAUGUCGAUUCCGACUAUGUUAGCUUUCCUAUUAGCUGGAAGCGAUUGCAGUUUCGAAUUGCAACUGCCAAUAACGGCCGAAGGAAGGAGCUCCAGCAGCAUUUUGUAGUGAGGCUAAAGGUUGUCGCUACUCUUACCACCGGUAUGAAGGUGCCCAUUUGCGAGAUCCACUCGGGGGCGGUUAUAGUGCGAGGUAGAAGCCCGCGCAACUUCCAAGCCCGAAAAGACAUGCCAAUCAGCGGCGGCACUACCACACGCAAGGUGCACACCCCGCAGCAGCCCAACAGAACCCCGACAGGUGAAACAACCCAAGGCACGCCUAAGCAAGCGCAAGCUCAGGCUGCGGGCCCAUCCAAGUCAACAGACUUACUGCAGAUGCCCUUUGAGUUCAACGCAAAUGACAUGCCGCAGUCGCCAGACUUUGCCUGGAAAAUGCCCACGGGUGCCCAGACUGCCAUACCACAAGACCCGCCUUCAGCUCAAAUGCAACAUGCCACACCAUAUGCACAGUCGACUCCGGAUAUUUCAAGAAGUGCCCCACCUCCCAAGACGUCCAUAGCGCCAGUCACUCUGUCCCUUACCGACGAUGAGCCCGUUAAAGCCCCUUCGCCCAAUGAGCAGCAAAGAAAACGCGGCACCCCGAUGCGACCUCCUUCCUUCUCCAUCGGCGUCGUCAACAGCCCAGACGAAAGUGCUGACCUGCUCUAUGAAUAUUUUCCUUUAGGUCUGGACGACUGGAUGCCGCCUGUCGAUGCCGUCUAUCGACCCCAUGUCGUUCACCAUAUUACCCCAUUUCCCCAAGACGGGAAAGCAGAUGCUGGUAGGAGUCGGUCGAAGCGGUACUUCUCGGAUGCUUGGUAAGCUCUGGUUUGCGAUUUGUGAUACCCAUGCGUUGGUUUUUGUUUCUGUAAUCCCGUCAAGAGCAGUGCCCUGAUGAUGACCGGAGAGUGGCUCCCCAUCUUAUGCUUUUUUUGUCUUCUGUUGUUCAUAUAUAUAUAUAUGUAUAUAUGUACACUUGGGAGAAGAAUUGUCGUCAGUGUGUCGGCAGAUACCCUACAAUAUAUUCUU